AUAAUGGGUGCCAAAGCAAAGAAGAAACGGAAUAGUAAAGAUUCUACAGCCAGCAAUAAUGAAGAAAGUACGGAAAAGAAAGAAGGCGGUAAGAAAAAAACUGGCGGUGGAUCCAAAUCUGUAGGUUGUGAUAUACUCAAUGAUGCAGCAAUGGAAAAUGCUUACUACGUUUGUCAUAAUGUGCAGGAUGUUUUGAAAGCGCGAGGUUUUGCUUGGCCCGAUGGACAAAAGAAAAAGAAAAAAGGAAAACGUUGA